CAGUGGAUGGUGCGCAUGCGUGCUUUGGUUUCCACGGUGACGCUGUGGAGGGGCUGGGGGGGGGAAGUGGAUCUGGUAGGCCCGACCCGGCUUACGGGAAGCGGGAACCGUGGAGCGUUGGAGCCGCAGGCCCGACCGGCUGCCACAGGGAUGGAGUCCUCAGCUGCCGGGGUGUUCUGCAGCAGAAUGUUAAGCAUGGUGAAUCGUGAGGAUGUUAAUGCCAUUGUCCAGGCACAGAGACACAUGCUGGACCGUUUUGAAAAAACAAAUGAGAUGUUGCUGAACUUCAACAACCUGUCGAGUGUGAGACUGAACCAGAUGACUGAUCGAUACCUGCACCACACCCGGGCUCUUGUGGAGAUGAAAAAAGAUCUUGACAGUAUCUUCCGCCGGAUCAGGACACUUAAGGACAAACUCUCAAAGCAGCAUCCGGAGGCAUUCAGCAGUAUCCAGGAGUCCCUUGAUGUGGAAGAUGAAGACCUUGAUCCUAAUCCAAAGAGCUUGUUACCUCUCUCCGACACUUUAGAACUGAGCUCCGAUUCCAGUAACACCAGCCCGACUUUACUGACGCCCGGAGCAAGCGGGGACUCGGAAGAUGCACAGGCGAUCAAGGAACAGGAUGGACACGUGCAUCUCAUGACUGAUGGUGGAGGAGAGUAAACUCCAAACAUGUACCUGCAGAGUGUUCCUCCAUUGGGAGGGGGAAAGGCAGUACAAAAGCCAGGCCCAGGGACCUACUGUGCUCACAAAGAAGCUUCUGGUGUGUUACUGUUGAGGCCAAGACACUGGGUUAAUGCCUGUGGAGGAGAAAUGAAUUCUCCCCAACCAUUCACUGUCUCUCUUGUUCAAUUUAAUUGCAGUGGAUUACUCCAUGAAUCUGAUCACUGUGAGUCUAGAGGUUUACAGUGAAGCUCCUGCAUGGUUGUAAGGAUUUUACGGUGAGAUACAGUUGCUAUUCUGCACUCGCUGUGUGAUUGUAGGAUUUCUGCGGUGUGGAUUUAUGAUACAAGUGUAAAGUGCAACAAUAAAAUGUAGCUGGCAAAGUGGAAUUCUUUUCUUGUUGGGUGU